AACGGGUCUUUUACAAAAAAAAAAAAAAAUCUGCAAAAUAAAUUAAUUAAAUACACUACUGAGGGUUUCUUAAAGAAUUUAAUUUGUGAUAAAAAAGUAAUCAAAAAAAAAUGUUUAUUUCCUGCCGUGGUGCCACGUUAUUUGUAUUUGGAAUAUUUUUACUUUUAGUGCAGGGUGUGAUUUCCGAUGAUGGUGGCAACAACAACGAUUCAUAUAAUAUCACCACCUUGGAUCGUUUGCAUGUGCAAUUAUUUACAAACUACGAUAAGACGGCACAUCCCAUGGCUACACCCACACAAAGGACAAAUACAACAAUAUUUCUGUCAAUCGGCUACAUCGAUAUCGAUGAGCUCAAUGGCAAAAUGACCUUACACGGAUGGAUUACUCUUAGUUGGAAAGAUGGUGGACGUACAUGGCGGUCCGAUUACUUUGAUAAUAUAACCACAAUACAUUUACGCUCGCGUGAAAUUUGGAAACCCGACAUCACUCUACUCAAUAGUGCUGGCAAUGAGGGUGAUUAUAUGGGUGAUACUCAGGCCCUGUUGUCAUUUGAUGGUAGUUUUAUAUGGGUACCUCCAGUCGUCUAUACGGCCUAUUGUAAUUUAAAUUUAAAAUUCUGGCCUUAUGAUACGCAAACGUGUAAACUGAAAAUUGGCACUUGGACUAUGACCAAUAUUUUCCCGAAAUUUGUGGAAAUAAAUGAAACCUUGGACUAUUCAUCUCUUGUGAAAUCCACCGAGUGGGAUAUAAGCGAUGCUAAGGCGGAAUAUAUCACCCAAGACUUCUACAGUUAUCUAGAGUACACUUUCAAAUUACAAAGGCAAUCGUCUAUGUAUUCUGCUGUGAUCUUUACUCCCGCUUCUUGCAUCAUACUGUUGUGUCUCUCAACAUUUUGGUUGCCUCCCCAAAUGGGUGAAAAAAUACUGCUAAAUGGUAUUGUUAUUGUGGUUGUGGCUGCUUUCCUCAUGUAUUUUGCUCAAAUGCUGCCCAUAUUGGCAGAAAAUACGCCUUUAGUUGUUCUAUUCUAUAGCUCCAGUUUGCUUAUGCUAAGCUUGUCCACCAUAAUUUCAGUCGUUGUUCUAUAUCUUUCGACUGCCAAACAUAAGAAACGUGUUCCGGAGUUCCUGAAAAAUGUUCUGAACGGUGUUUUGGGUCGAGUUCUUCUUCUCAGUCAGUUCUCCUUGGAAGCCGAACCUCAUUCUCUAUUAAAUAAUGGCACUAAGGAGUUGGGAGAACAUGUCUAUGAUAAUCCAGAUCAAAGUGAAACUCCUGAUCCCACACAUGUCAAUCCUAGUCAAAUACCUUCAAGUCGUUCCAUACAAUUCGAUUGGGUUCUAUUAGCCACCGCAUUCGAUCGCAUAUGUUUCUUGAUCUACUGUUUCCUUUUUAUGAUUUUGGCAAUUGUUUAUUCUGUAUAAUUUGUAUCCCUUGGUAUAUUUAAAUAAUUCCAAAUAUUGUAUAUUUUAAUCUUGUAUGUAGUAUUUAAAUGUCAAAAAGUGAAGAAAUAUAUUUAAUCCCACAUUGUUGUAUUAAAAACAA